CAAAAGAUUGCAACAACAGCAGCAAGAACAACUGCACCUGAGCGAGGGCCCACUCUGUGUAACACAUGCGCCGUAGGAGAGUGCAGAAUUUAUUGCACAUGCGCAGUUGCAAAAAAAAUCGCUCAACUACGUGAACAUCGGCAUACUGCGUGCAACCCAGAAUCACAUCCAGUGUCCCCACUAUGCACCAAGACGCCCAGGAACAACUCUAAUCGAGGCCAUGUCUUUGUAUACCUUAUACCAGGACACGCACAGAGAAAAGUCUCCCAGUAACCCUAACCCUGAUCACAUCAACCACGUAUGGGGUUGGCCGUGAACACGACGCACAGUCGUGUACUGAUAAGACACAACACUACACUAAGUAUCUAGGAUCAACUUUAAGACCUUUGGCAAGUGGUCUGAAAUCAAUCCCCCAGUAUCCUGAGACACUGUGUCUGGCAUUACAUAACGCACUUAUCGGAACAAUGCUGCUUUAUUUUGCACCGUCCCUCUCUUACGACGAGAGGUGUAUAAAUACCAGCACCGGGCGUCUGACACUUCACAUCAACAUCUCACCACCAUCAGAACCAUGUUCCAGCUCUCAGCCUUCAUCCUGCUUCUGGCCUUCUGGCAGUGUCCUGCUGCAAAUAUGCCCGCACAGAAGGAUUUCCAGAUGAGCCAGUUUAAGGGCCAGUGGUAUGGAAUCGCUGCGUCCUCCAACUGCCCCAUGUUUAAGGAUAUGAAGAAAGACAUGACCCUCCCCAUCAUCGUGUACGGAAUGGACAAAGACAACGUAAAAGUCGCCAUCGCUUUCAAGACACCCAAGGGUUGCCAGCAAAUGGAUUUCAAAUAUGAUACCAUCUCCAGCGGCCACUACAAACACAGCAGCCCGCACGGAGAUAAUGAGGUCGUCAUUGUCGGCACAGACUACAAGGCGUUUGCUCUGGAAUAUACAGAAACAAUGCACGAGGGUAAGACCUGCACAACCCUCAAGUUAUACGGGAGAGAGACGAACCUGCCAAUGGAGAUUAAGCAGCAAUUCAUGGCCUAUGCCAAGAACCUUGGCCUGACAGAAGAUGAUACCAAGGUGUUCAGCAAAGGAGAUCUAUGUCCUCCCCAUGUCUAGGAGAGAUUGCAUCAAGUGAACCCCCCGCUUCGCUCACAAUCCAUUUCCCGUCCCCUUCUUGCUCCUAUUUCCAGCCCUGUUGCAUUUCAAAGAGAAAUAAAAUAAAUGAACUAA